UGAUAUGAUAUGAUUUCAUUGAUUGUUUAUUUAGAUAAUGAAGCGAACUAUCUUCUUGGUAAUUAUACUGAUAGUAAAGAUCGCAUUAAAUGUCUUCUCACUGCAAUAUGACCAUUGUGGAGAGAGAUUAAUCAAAAUACGCGGCUUGGUUGUCGGAGGAAAAAUCUCGCAACGAGGCAUGUGGCCUUGGCAAGUUGGUAUCUACAAAAAACAAGGUGUUUCAGGAUGGAAGUUCUUGUGUGGUGGUGCGUUGGUAUCUCCACAAUGGGUUCUUACCGCUGCACAUUGCUUUUAUGUUGGUAAAAAUAACACAAAUAGGGUUUGGUCUGAAAAAGAUAUAAAACCACUCGCAAAGUAUAAAAUCAAAGUUGGUGAUCAUGAAUUAAGAAGCUAUGAAUCAUCAGAACAAGAACAUAAAUUCCAAGAAAUAUUUAUACAUCCCGACUACAGGCAUGAUCCCAUCUAUGAGAACGAUAUCGCUUUAGUUAAACUAAACCGUGAAGUCAUUCUCGGCCCGUAUGUGCGCACUGUUUGUCUUCCUGGACCUGACCUGGACCUUGCCAAACCAGGAACAGCAGGAAUGGUUGCUGGAUGGGGAAUGACGGAUUAUAGCUGGGUUUCUUCAUUUCUUCGCUACUCUGUGUUUAACAUCCAAACUAACAGCGUUUGUCGGAGAGCAAUAAGCUUCUACUACAACAAGACAGUAGCAUUUUGUGCAAGUGAUGUCAAAGGACACAGCGCGCCAUGUUACGGUGACAGUGGAGGGAGUAUGGUACGAAAGUUCUUUCUAAAUGGAAAAUACCGAUUUGUAACAAUUGGUCUAGUCAGUUGGGGUGGAUGUACUCUAGGAAGUCAUUUUGGGUACUACACAAGACUGCAGCCAUUCCUACCGUGGAUUUACCAUAAAGUCAAUUCUACCUGCAUUGGUCCUGGUCAGCUAACAAAUGGUGUAGUCAAUUCAACCAAGAGCAUAUACCAGCCAAAUGAAGCCAUAAGGUUUACAUGUAACAUAAACUACAGGAGGAUCGGAAAAUCAGAACUGACCUGUCAACGAGACGGAACUUGGAAUGGAUACAAGCCAAUAUGCCUAGAGGUAAGCUGUACCAAUUUUCAUCACCCUGGAGAUGGCAGGAAAAUACCUCAACAAAGCAAGUUCUUGCCGGGACAAAAAAUUAUCGUUGAAUGUAAAAAAGGUUACACACAACUUGGAAAGUCAUCUCUCAUUUGCCAAAGCGAUGGUUCUUGGGAUAGAAUUUGGCCAUAUUGCUUAGCGCCGUGUCCGAGACCCACACAACCAAAAAAUGGUACGAAGCUUCAACGUGGUGACAGUUUUAUGCAUGGUCAAAGUGUUAGGUUUCGAUGCAACACCGGUUUUAAACGUACUGGUUCAUCUCUCACUACGUGCAUUAACGGGAAAUGGACCAAUAAAACUCCAAAAUGUGUUGCUCCAUGUCCAGAUCCUGGUACUCCAAGUUAUGGUCAUCGAUACAACCAUUCUUUCCAACAUGGUGACCAAGUCAUGUUUUCUUGCGAGAAGGGAAAGUAUUUGAUUGGAAGAAAGAUGAUUACAUGCAGUGAUGGACGAUGGGAUCAGAUGACACCAAAAUGCUCAGUCCCUUGCAAAGAGCCUAGUAGUUUAAGUGGUGGAAAACGAAAAGGCGAUCAAUUUAAGCAGGAGUUUCAAUGUAAUGCAGGCUAUACGAUGGUUGGACCAUCAGCCAUAAACUGUGUCGAUGGGAACUGGGAUAACGAUAUCCCGAAAUGCUUCACUAACUGUCCGGAUCCUGGAGCUCCUACUAACGGAGAAAGAAAAGGAGAUAUUUUCACUCAUCUACAGACAGUAAGCUUUUCUUGCAAAAGCAAUUUUGCGAUGAUCGGUUCCUCCAAAAUAAAAUGUGUUGAUGGAAAGUGGACUGAUAGCAUACCGGAUUGUACACCAGAGUGUGGGUCUCCACUUGGAAUGGAGAACGGAAAGAUUCCAAAUAAAAACAUUCGAGCUUCUUCAAGGUGGAACAAUCGUUAUGAUGCAAGAUACGGUCGACUGCACGGUACAAGGACCUGGUGCUCAGGACGUUUCAACAUUAAAUCGCCUUAUCUGGAAGUAGACCUUGAGAAACCUUACAGGAUAACGUACAUAGCUACGCAGGGAAAUGCCCGUGAUAAUCAAUGGGAGACGAAGUACACUAUAAGUUAUAGUUUGGCAAAGUCAUCUCCUAUCGAAUACAGGGAAAAUGACAAAGAAAAGGUAUUCAACGGCAAUAGCGAUGCAACAACUGUAGUCAAGCACAAAUUGAAGAAGUCCAUCAUUGCGAGGAGGGUGCGUUUUCGACCAAUUGGGUAUAGAUUUUCUGGAUAUCUGUUUAAAAGCUCGUGUAUGCGAGUGGAGAUAUACGGAUGUGACCUUCCUACUGAUUGUGUGAUGGUUGGUUCUCGCGUGCUUGGAAAGUGGGACAGUAACUACCGUGGUGGUGAUGUUUACUGCAAAUCAUAUGUAAAAACCAUCGAUGACACAUACAAUGAGGUGCAGUUAGAAAUAGAAGAUGAUGAAUAUUACAACGAUAAACUCAAAACAAUGUCAAAGACACACGUUGUACUAGACGUCCCCAAUAAACAAUUGAACUUACCACGUGGCACAAAAGUAUUGGCACCAGAUGGCAAUAAGUACUACACAGGGAACAUUGAAAGAAUUAUUGAAUAUUACUAUCUAGUACGCUUUGAUGAUAAAACUAGUGCUUGGAUUCAUAAAACAGAUAUACGGGUACUUAAACCUACACAGUUUUGUGAGGGAUAACUUUGGCAUUUUAUUUUUAAAUAUUUUUAAAUAUUUUUAAAAGAAGCAAUGUCGAUAAAAAAGAUUAAUCAUCAAAUUUUAUAUACAAAUAAAAAUCGAAUAACGAAAGAUUCAAAACAUUGUCAAAGACACAUGUUGUACUAGACGUCCCUAAUAAACACUUGAACUUCCCACGUGGCACAAGAGUAUUGACACCGUUGAACAAGAGGUACUACACUGGGACUAUUGAAAGAAAAGACGGAUUUUUUUUAUCUAGUACUAUUAGAUUGGAAAAAAACUGGUUUCGAAAGAGUUUAAUACGGGUACUUAAACCUACACAGUUUUGUGAGGGAUAAUUUUGACUUAUUUCAGAGAUAAAAAAAGGUACAUCAUGAAAGUUUAUAGACAAAUAAAAAUCGAAAUGCAA